AUGUCCACCCCCAAAAAUAGCCCGACCGCGUGUACAGUCAGCUUACUUGGUAGCAACAGGCUCGGUAAUUGCGUGGCUUUUGUCUCCAGCAUGCAGGGCCAUCCACUAGACUCUGGACUCGGAGUCGAACGACGUGCCUCCCUGCUUACAUGCAUGGACAUGGGCAUGGAUUCCUCUCCUAGUCCAGGAUCGGCUUCAUCAGCACCCAGCAACAGCCAGCAGCCUACCACUGGCAAACGACGUCCAAUUCCCAGAAAAGGACACACAAAAUCUCGAGCGGGUUGUCCAAAUUGUAAACGACGAAAAGUCAAGUGUGAUGAAGCCACGCCCAUCUGCGGACCAUGUCAGCGGCUAGGACUUGAGUGCGAAUACUCGCAGAUGAGAAGGGCUCAGAGGAGUGAAGCUCAACAACAUGCUUCACCGUUGGCAGUGGGACCGGCUGUUCCUCAGCCAUUGUCCACGCAUCCUGGUUCGUUUGGGUUCUCGGACAUGAGAUUCUUUCAGCAUUUUCUCAUAUCUGCGUUUCCGCCGCUGCCAGUUGGGGGGAGAUAUGUGUGGCAGUACAUCUCGCAGAUGUCGCACGAGUACGACUUCUUAAUCCAUUCGAUGCUCGGGCUAGGUGCCUCGCAUCUGGGUCUACUGGCCCCCGGCGACUUCAAUCAUUCUGCCCUGCAGCACAGAGUGACGGCUAUUGAAAGACUAAACAAAUUCCUGUCAAGACCAAAGCUUUCGCUUCCGGAUACUGAGGCGGCCUUUGCUGCCAUUCUCACUCUGACCUUCCAAGCAGCUCACAUGCCGGAUGGUCUUGCCGACUUUCUUACAAUGACCCGCGGCUGUUUUCUUGUCGGAACCCACGUGGUGCCUGAUCCCGAGAACUCUGCCUUCAAAACAUUUGAACGAGACGUCUACGUCGAAAAAGCAUCGUCUGUAGCCGCGGCAGACGACCAAUGGCUUCCCUUGCUAGAUGAGUCCAUUGCCAACGGGUUCUGCACAAGUCUUGAACAACUCGGCCCCUUGUGCCACAGCGUCAUUGACAUUGAGCACAUUGCCAUGAUGCGCCGAAUAGUGACUUCCGCCACCAACAACAUUUACGAAUGUUUCCGCGAGCAUUCAUUCCUCCACGAAAAAGUAGGCCGCAUGUCGGCCACUGAAUUUUCCGCAUUCAUCGAUCCAAGCAAUCAGAUCGCGCGCCUUGUCAUCGUCCACAUGCUGCUGUUGGACAUCAUCCUGAGCCGCACAAUCUGCGUCUGGGAAGACGGUCCUCAAUUUUCCUUCCAUGAGACCCGUCAUCGUUACGACGCUCGCAACGUCAUGGCCAUUGUGUGGAUGGAGAAGAUAUACGAUUCGUUGCCAGAAACAUGUCGGCCGUAUAUAGAAUGGCCGCUCAAGUUUUCGCAGUUUAUGAAGACUACAUUUCUAGCCGACACCAGUUUCUGGAGACUUGCUUCCGUAGAUGUACAUGAUGGCUUGGCGUUGAAGACAUUGCAGCUUGAGGAUGGUGAGGUGCGUGAGUAA